AAGAGUCCAAGCCUCUCUCUCUCACACACACACACACACACACACACAUAAAUAUACAGAAAGAGAGAGAGAGAGAGACACCCUCUGUUACACUUUGUGGAAUAGUGGAUUACUUCCCAAACUGAAUCACUCAUCGGGCAAAUCCAGGCAUGGUCAGGUGGCAGUGUGUCAGAGUGGUGCUGAAGUAUGAGAUGAACCAUGGAGCCAUACAGGAGGCCAGUCACUAGCCUUGCCAACAGCCAUACAGCCAACAGCAACAGAAGCAGCGCUAACCCAGGCAGACCCUGAAAGCAUGCAGCUGGGCCCUCACUAGCACCAAGUGGACCCGGUCCUCUCCUCUUCACCUGGGACCAGGGCUGCAGAAUGCUCAGUCCUGUCACCCCUUACAGUCUAUUGAAGAUGCACUGGUCUCCGGAGCACGCCGCCCCUUUAUCGCAGUGGCCUGAACAGCACCUUGACGUCACCUCCACCACCUCGCCACCAUCUGCCCACAAACACGACCCCUAUGCCACAGCUGCUCGCCGAAGCUACGGCCCUGCAAGUUAUCCUUGGGCCAGUGACGACAUAUCAGCCCUUACUGCUUCUUCUCUGCUCAAACGCUACGCUGAGAAGUACUCAGGCUUGGAACGCCCUGCUGUGGGAGCUUACACAGAGCAUGGAACAUUCUUAAAAACAGAAUCUGAGCCCUGGACUCUGGGUCAGGGUAUGGACUGUUACCCUGGACUUGAGGCACUAACUGGCACCAAGGUGGGCGCUGCCUCUGUGGGGAUCCCAACCACAGGAAGUGUAACAGUAGUGAGCAGUAAUUUGGGCCCCGAGCCAGGCUUUAGUGGUGCUGGGUCCUGCAGCGCCUCAUCAUCUCAGGAAUACCCUCCUGCUUACAACAGCACCUACUUGUCUUCAGGAUACUGCCCUCAGCCCAGUGCAGCACUUCCACCUGCUCCUCUACACUCUUUGCAGGCCCCGCCUACUUUAGUGCCCAACUACAGCCCUAGCCCUCCUGUCUACAACUAUCCACCAGGAUGCUAUCCCCAAACCAGCCUGUCCUCGGGCUACAGCCACCCCAGUGCCUCCUACCUGUCCUCUGGGAUUAGUGCUCCCACUCCUCUGGCCCCUAGGCCUACCAUGGUGGGGGGCAGCUACAACUACUCAUCUCACAGUCUUGGAGGGACCCUCGAGACAGGUGCACCUCUGAAACGCAAGGCCUUUGAAAUGACAGAGGAAGGACAAGAUGGAGCAGAGGUGGAAGGAUCACGCUAUAGAAAAUAUGGCAAUGGGAACAGUCAUAACAAAGCUCCCGACAACAGGCACGGCAAUGGCUAUGAUAUGAGUGGCCCCACCUCAGAUGCACAGGCUUUUAAAUCUGGAAAGCCCCUCAUAUCACCCCCUUAUGGCAGGGCAGGGGAGUACAGCCCACCUUCAGGCCUAGCAGGAGAGAGUGUAUCGGGGGAGCACAACUUUCCUCAGCGGCAGAGAAUGCCAAUGAAGAUAUCUGGAUCUCACGCACAGUCUGAGGACCCCACUGGAGGGCACUAAUAGGCCAGGUCGGCAUAUUGAAGGAUUUCCUCACUCCUUAAAACCACCCAGGGUUCCUAACCCUAACAGACUUGGGGAAGUAACACUGAAUUUGUCAAUUAAAAGUUUAAGUUCCCUACUGAACAGAAGAGGACACUGGACUGGUGUUUCUUGUGCAUGUUUAACAUUGUCGUUGCUCAUGUUUUCCCAAAGAUUCACAUAGGCAUUUCGCCCUGUAAGGCGAGGCGAGGUCAGUCUUGAGGAGUGAGGUUGAGGCAUUCUCUACAUAGAUAUCAUUAAGACAGUCUAAAUGUAUGAGCGUCUGUUUCUCUCAGGAUCCUAUUUAUUCCCUUUCUGCUACUGUGGCAGCAGCACUGCAACAUUGUUUUAGGACUUGGUGUAAUUAUUUGUGGCCAUUAUUAUUUUAAAAGGCCUUUGACUGCAAUACCACAAAAAAAAAAAAAAUUACGACCAAAAAGUAAAAAGAGCAAUAACUGAAGUGGUGAGAAUGCCAUGCUGCUUCAGAACAAUCCCGACUACGCCACUGAGUGUAAGGCUUUGUGCUCGGCUUGGCCUUGAAAAAAGAAUGAUUCCCUUGUUUUCAGGUUUCAUUUUUACUUAUUUACUACUUCUUUUUUUUUUAAUCUCCAUCUUUAUCUUUAUGUUCUCAGUGCAGAACAACUGGCUUUUUUGUCCAUUUUAUUCAUAUCAAGCUGCUUAUCAAGUGAUUAUGUAGUAAUAUACACCCUUUUAAAGGGCAGUUGACCUCAGAAUCAAAUUUAUGUAUUUUUCCUGCUAUUUAUCAAUCAAGAGUCUAGUCAGCAAGCCAGUAUUUCUAUUGAAUUUAAUGGAAUUAAAUGGCAUUUGCCCUUCAGUACAUAAAAAAACACAGAAAGAAGCAUUCAGUAGCAAAUAAUAUAUUUCCAUUACUUUAAAAAAAAUCACAAAUCUUGUUGUGAGCAGUUUCAUUUAAGAACUUAUAUAUAUAUGACAAGAGACUCGUGCUCAUGACAGAAUGUAAUAUUAGCUAGCCACACACCUCUUUUGGUGUAUGUGGACUUAAAGAAAAUAGUCCCUACAUAAAAUUAUUUUUGAGCACCACUUAGAUGGUUACAGCUAGUAACCCACACCGGAACCACCCAGACUGAUAAAUAGCACUACAGGCAAGAAGGAAAAUACAUAAAUUGAAUUUGCAGGUGAACUGUCUUUUUUUUUUUUUUGCUUGAAGUAGAUAAAUACUUUUAAUUUGUUUUAAAUUCGUUAACAAUAUGUUCAGUCUCACAGUGCUCAAGUAUGGGCAGAGCAUCUUCACAGCAUGUUCUUUACAGAGAUUUCUACUAAUCCUAAACAGAACUUUCUAUCUAACUGUACAAAUCAACAAAAACCAAGCAUGAAUGUGCAUAUGAUUUACUUGGUGCAGGUUAGCUGCAUAAAGGCUCUUUGUUGCUUCAGUUUGGCUGCACAGGCAUGCAUGUUGCAGGAGAGGAUAUAUGCUUCUGAGCGAGUGCCUCUAACAGUGUUUUGUUCAACUACAUACUUUAUGGAAAUGUACCUGCCUGUCGCUAGAUUUUGUUUUCUUUAUAUGUUUUUCUCUUUUACUUUUGCCUCUCAGAAGGAUGAUUUAUCGUGUUAUUGAAUACUCAGGAAGAAUAUUGUUACCUCAGAAUGAUGAACUAAGAAUGUAUGUUGACACCUUAGGGUGCCGGUAGGGAGCUUUAUAGAGCAAGAUGAAAACGGAGCCAUGGCUGACACUUCAGGGAAACAAUGAACUUGUAAGGCCUUCUAAUAGUGGAAACACGCAUGCACGUACACAUGUACAUGCGCACACAUAAACACUUACAUGGCUUCUUAGCUCCGGGAAACUUGAGGUUUUUAUAUCAAGGCCUGAAAUGUUGAAUGUAAUUCAGAUAUUUUUUUUAAAGACAUGCCGUAUGUACAUCGAUGAUUUUUUUAGAUAUAUUUUUUUCAGUGUAUAGAUGUAAUUCUCCCAUAGAUUUUGGCGGAGAAAAUAUUGACAUGUUAAGUGUUAGUGUAGUUAGCAGUGGGGAAAAGGAAAAGCACUCCUAAUAAACACAUAUCAAGACGUACACACACUACAGUAUAUAUGGUAUAUAAAAGGAAUGUUUAUUAAAUGUCUUAAUAAAAUAUCAUCUCCAGUCUCAGUAUUUUAAAACCACUUGACACAGCAACACGAGUCAUUCAGCUUGAAUUUAGCUCUAACUUCAAGAAGAAGGAAGUUAAAUAUCAACAGUGUGUGCACAACUUUUUGCUGCUCCGCUAUGCUGUUGAUUUAUGAACUGUGCCAACCUCUUAUUUUUGCAAAGUAAAUGAAUGAUCCAGGAAACUCCUACUUCAGUUUUGACUUUAAGGGGUGUUACCAACAGGUGUUAACUGAAACGCCUCUAGAUGCCACUGGAUAGAGUCACAAGCCAUCAGAGUAAAAAAUGAGAAAGUGUGACGUAGUGUUGAGCGAUGGAGUGAUGUAAACUAACUGCAGUGUCAUAAACUGGCAGAAAUGUUAUCACCUGAUUGCUGUAACAGAUUGUCCACAAACAGCAGCGAUUGGUCCCACAUGGGAAAUCUGUUCAAAUGGAAAAAAAGGGGGUGGGGGGGGUCAAUGUGUUCUGCCAGGGCAAAUGAAACAUGAUUUCCAGAUUUGUCUGGUUUCCAGGCUAGGCUGCUAAGUUUUACCAAUGACCCUUCAGUUUUAGCCGGAAAUUCAAUGUGAUUAAAAAAAAUAUUUUAAUACCUUUUGACUGUCUUACUCAAAAUGUGGUUUAGUGUGAAAAAGUAGGUGCUCAUCAGGGAAAGUUUCAGAAUAAACUGAAGUUAAAAAAUGCAGAUUAGUAAAAAGGUGCUGAGCAAAUAAUUAUGCAUUCUUACCCGCAGGUUUUUACGAAUGUUCACGUGCUUAGUUACAACAAAUUUAAUUCUCUUCAACACAGAUUGUGCGCUGCGUUCCCAACACACACUGCGGGAAGCAUUUGCUUUUUCUUGGUGUUACUCUGAUUCAUUGGAGGAAGUAGAGUCGAUGUUUGCCCCACAGAUGGAGAAUCAGACUUCAUUGUAAUCUUUGUGAUUCAGAUGUACUUUUGUUGUAUCUUGUGCAUUCUCUGUAACUGUUUCUACCUCAUUUUUGAAGAACCUGUACAUGGAAGUAUUUAUUUCAUGUCAUUUCACAUGCCAGUUUAAAGAGCAGUGUUUCAAGCUGUUGACCUGUUAUAGUCUACCUCACUAGAGACUGUUGUGUCAUGGAAAUGAAGAUAUUAUACCAAAAAA